CAGGCCACUCUCGUUUUUGCCAGAACCAGCUACCAUCGGAUUUGAACUGUUUUUGAACUGACUAGUAAUACCUAAUUCUUCCCACCCAAAUCUCUUAAAAUGCAGCUCUCCACCAUUCUUGGCGCCUCUUUCGUCGCCGCUGCUUCAGCUGCCCUCCCUCCCAUCAACUUGGGUUACCUCAGCUACCCCCACGGGAAUCUCUUCGUCGCGUGGUCCCCCUUCACUCCCACAACGACGCAAGAGGUCACUGAGGUCUGCGACACUCGCGGCGCCGUAAAGGGCACCGCGACAUGGACCACGAUCCGCGCUUAUAACACAUACGUCUUCAAGCCCAUCUGCCGCAACCCUUUCAACGUCACUGACGCUGUGACAAACACCACAUACUACAACUUGGAGCUGGCAUGUGUGGACGACAAUAUUCCAUUGUACGCCAAUCCCGAGGUCACCGCCGUCGUCGACACGAAGACGAACAAGACUGUGGAGACUUGCGUCCCCGUCUCGCUUAACGGCGAGUCUACAUACGGAGCUUGCAGCGAUCACUUCAGUGGUGUUUCGUACUCAUUUGCCUGCUCAGCCUAAUAUGGAUUGGUGUCCAAUGAAAAGCGGCCUUUUUGGAAUGACUUUGGAACGGCGCAUUAGCAUUAUUGCAUGGGUACGGACUUUGAUAAAUCGAGGAUUCAACUUAGCCCCCGGCGUCCUCGAAGAGGUUCUUGCAAUUUAUUAAUGAAGGCAUGAGAGCGCAUACAUCAAUAAAAUUCAGACAUACACUCUCCCCAAGACGAACCACUUUUCAGAUGACACUUCAAGCUAUUUCGAGAUGAAUGAUCGAGUUCGGUCACGUCAGGUACCUAUGCAUCAUCGAAAGGAGUUAACGACAAGACGAAAGGUAGUUGGAAAUGAUUAAGGCAC